CUCGAACAGGUGGCAUGCAGCAAGCGGACGAAUGUAAACACUGGUUGAAUGAGCGGCGUUUCAAUCAUGUUUAAGUAUUUGUGAGAAGAGAGUGGCUUUAUAUACUACCAGGAUGACAUGGUACUAGUUCCACAAGGAGCAGUGUUUUACAGGUCUGAGUUCAUGCCAACAAAUUUUGUCUGUUGACUGGUUUUCAAUGUGGAUCAGCCUCUGUUGUGUUUGAGAUGACAUGUUAUGAAAUGAUGACAUGACUUUUAUGUGCAAUCAGAGAGGAUGACAAGCAACAGGAUAUGCGAGAGGGACGAAUACUCCGCCAUUGAGAUUUACUUGAAACAGGCUGAGGAGGAGCUUGGGAAAGCGCUAAAUAAGUUGUCGACAAACAGCCACACGAGCAGUGAUAAAGUGAUAUUGUUGGAGGAAUUACCUUUGAAAAGUGACGAAAAUCAUAACAACACACAACCACAAAAUGGCCAAACGGAGGACAGCAUUAUUGAUAAGAGCAAGCUGAUAGAGUAUCAAAAUGAGAAAUUGAAGGAUACGCCAGACCCACCUCCAAAGAAAGUUCCACGAAAUGACAAGAUUGAAGUCUACUUUCCACCUCCACCUCCUCUCUCACCAAACUAUGUUCAUAUAGGGAGGAGAUUUUCUUCACCAGUCAUACUAGCAGAGACUUCAUCGUCUUCGUCAUCAUCAUCAUCAUCACCAAAGGGCAGCAAGGGUCAGUUGGUUACCUCAGAAGAUGAGAACCGUAACAAGAGAUCUGUCUCUGAACCACCCAGGACUCCCACUGGGGGGCUUAAAUUGACCAACAAUGACCAGAACCGGCCAUAUUUGACCACCAAUGUGCAAUAUGAAAACUUGACCAGCAGUGGACAACAAGAGAAAAAACAACAUAGCCAUGACAGCCAGGUUGAAGGGAAUACCAUUGACCGCAACCUGAACUCUGAACACCAUGAGAAAGUGUUACAGAAAGGGACACUAGCAUCCUUACUGGAGAGACCACAGUGCAAUAUUAUUGAGAAAAACAUUAACAGACCCAAGAGGCCAACAAGUCUGGACAUUGUCAGCCAUGCUGAAAAAUUAAAGCCAUCACAGGAACUAGAAGAACCAGAUGAAAAAGGAUGCUGUGGAAAUGACAAAAGCCAAAAUGGGUUUGUUUCCAACGUCAGUGCUGUAAAAUCUGAGUCAAACACUAGUCAGAAAUGCCCACCCACAGGGAAAGUUUCCAACAGUAUAAAACAGAGAGAGAACAAGCAGAGAUUGAAGCAGUCGAGGCAUGUAGGUGGUUAAAGGCAGCCGGGUUCCCACAGUAUGCGCAGAUGUAUGAAGAUUUGCAGUUUCCCAUCGAUGUUGAUUCUGCCGAGCAAGAUCACGACUUUUUGGAUCGAGAUUCCAUCCAGUCUUUGUUCAGGCGAUUAAACAUUCUGAACAAAUGUGCCAGUAUGAAGAUUGAAACACCACCUCGGCAGACGCAUGACGAGUCAGAUGACGAAGAACAACAGUGUGCUCUAAGUGAUAAGUGGAAAUAUCAGAGAACUAGUCGAAGGUGGUCUAGAAAAGAUGGUGAACUGCAAUCGCCAGAAGAACGACACCCAUCAGAUAAUGGAACUUUGAAGAAAAUGAUAGGUUCAUGUAGCAGUCACGACAGUGUGUUGACAGACAAUGAUGAUAGUCAACAAGGUGACAGUCCAGUUCUGCACCACAAGGAAAAUCACGAUCAGUUUGAUCGCUUGGAUUUAUUCAUUACAGCACCCAAGGAUUACCCUGAAAAAUAUAAUACACUGUCUACUCAAAGGCAAACAUCUGUGGAUGGUGCUCAACAGAAAUUAGAUGGUGACACGGAACAAUCAGCAAGUCUCAGUGCGUCCUUGAGUCUUAGUCCAAGACUGCGGAGAGCUGCAAGUGAAAAAAUCAAAGGUGCAAGAAACUUUUUGAAUAAAAAGAUGGGUACCUUGAAGACUAAAAAACGUAGGCGGCCACUAGAUGGCGCACAGAUCAGUGGACCCGUGUUGAUAGAUUCACCCGAAGUACAGGAAAGGAUUCAAAGACUUGGCUGUGUGGAUAUAAGUCCAACAUCAGAAGGUUCGCCCUUGUUAAACCAGCACCUGCCACUAGGGGGAGCUUCAUCUCCCAAAGAUUCUUCAGACAGUGAUACAUCGCCUCUGUUACGGGCCAAAAAUGCCACCACCAUACAAGAGUUAAAUGAGGUGCAAAGUCAAAAAAGUAGUACUAGCAAUGGUGACAUUGCUACUGCUUCAGCUGAUAGCGAAGACAAUGAUACAACAGCAGUAACAACAAUAUCCACAGAUACAGCAACAGCCACGACAUCUACAGUUAAAAGAGCUAACUCUGGUUCACAGUUGUAUGCUGAUAAGGAAUCGGCAUCGAAUGACUUUGAAAAGGCAUAUAGCACAAUGCCACGCAUUCACGAACCCAUAAAGCGACGUUCACAGCAUGGACGUAGCAACAGCGAUGUUGGAGUGUCACUGACAGAAGAAAUGUACAUUCUUCCAGCCGAUCACAAACCUGGUACCUUUCCCAUAGUAAUCUCUAAUGGAGUCCUUCCCUCUGAUAUGGGGAGUGCAUCCGAUUCCAGCAGCUUUAACAAGAACUAUUUAACCGCCUCUCCCGUAAUGAGGGAUAAAUCCUCGCGAAGAAAGGCAGGAGGGGGAGAAGAAACAAUUGACGCCAGUAGGAUGAGCAUCUAUGAUAAUGUACACUUUAACAACAUCUCUGGACUGACACCUCAAGAAGAACUGGACAUGAUCUUAAAUAAUUUGUUUGAUGAAAUUAAUGGACUCAAUAGAAGUCUGAGUGAGACAGGAUUAGUGUCCCAAGAGGAAGAUAGCCGAGACGUAUCUACAGCAUCUUCAGACACGAUGGAAGGGAGGUGCGAGUCUCCUGCAUCACCCAUCCAGCCCCGAGGGGACAGCAUCCCACCCCUGGCUGAGGAGCUUAUUACAAUGGAGGUGGACACUGAUGUGGUCAGUGGGACAUCGUCCACUCAUGAGACUAGUGACCAGGAGGGACACAGCGCUGGAUCAGAUGCUGAUGUUACAGAGAAUCCUUUAUUACAGGAGCGUAGAGAUUCUGGGGUCGGUUCAAGUUUGACAAGAACUCCAAGUAAUGAAAGGAGAAGACCAAGGAUCCGCUGGCACAGUUUCCAGAAGUCACAUCGGCCCAGUCUGAACAGUCGCUCCCUGCAAAUCUCUAAUCUGUCUGCGGGACAACUUAUGGUGCUACGAAAACUAUCUCUACUCAAGCUGACAGCAUUCAUGGAGAAGUAUUCACCCAGUAACAGGACUGGAUGGAACUGGGUCAUUCCAAAAUUUAUCAAACGUUUCAAGGCACCAGACUACAAGGACAAAAAUGUCUUUGGUGUGCCAUUGUUGUUAAUUCUACAAAGAACUGGGCAGCCAUUGCCACAGUGCAUACUCUACGCCAUGCGUCAUUUGCGGAGGACAGCCACCGAUGCUGUAGGGAUCUUCAGGAAGUCGGGAGUUCGCUCUCGGAUCCAGAAACUUAGAAAUCAGAUCGAGGCCAGCCUAGGUACACUCAACCUGGUUAAUUUUGAUGCUCUGCAGGCAUAUGAUGUAGCCGACCUUCUGAAGCAGUAUUUCCGUGAACUGCCAGAAUGCCUUCUCACAAAUAAACUCUCUGAAACCUUCAUCAGUAUAUUCCAACAUGUUCCCAGUGAGCUGCGCAUGGAAGCGGUUCAAGCGGCGGUGAUUUUGAUGCCUGAUGAAAACAGAGAAGUCCUGCAGUCUCUUCUUUUAUUCCUUAGCGACAUGGCAGAACAUUCCGAGGAAAAUCAGAUGACUGCCAGCAAUCUUGCUGUCUGCUUUGCCCCCUCUUUGUUUCACAUGUGUGGCCCCCGUAGCAACCAGACAGCAAGCCCCAAGAGGCAACAGAAGAACCUGGGAGUUCCAGACCAGAAAGAACUAUUAGAACAGAAGGCAGCUCACGAGUGUCUAACACAAAUGAUUAUGUCCUGCAAGAAAGUUUUCACAAUAGAAGAAGAUACCAUGAUGAAGUGCAAUUUUUCCUACAUGGAACAGGGGGACCCAGUGACUCUCAAUGAGCUGACCAAAGGCUUCUCUAACCAUACCACUUAUAUAGACUCCUGUAUUCAGGGUUUACUUAGGGAGUCUCGAGACAAAUUUAAGGGUUGGGAAGUGAUGACCACCAAUGAAAGUGUUGAGGUGGCUUACAAAAAAGUCGGUGACGGUCACCCACUCAGACUGUUCAAGGCUGCAGUGGAUGUAGAAGCUCCCCCUAUUGAGGUGUUGAACAGGGUGCUACGAGAGCGCCAUCUAUGGGAUGAUGACUUAUUGAAAUGGAGAAUCAUUGAGAAGUUGGACAAGGAGACGGAGAUAUUCCAGUAUGUUCGUAAUAGCAUGGCACCUCAUCCUACAAGAGACUUCUGUGAAUUGAGGUCAUGGCGUACAGACCUCCCAAAAGGUGCGUGUGUGCUGGUCUCGACCUCCAUAGAGCAUCCCAAUUCUAACCUGCUGGGUGGAGUGCGUGCUGUGGUCCUAGCGUCCAGGUAUCUGCUGGAACCCUGUGGGUCAGGAAAGUCCAGGCUGACCCAUUUGGCCAGAGUGGACAUGAGGGGAAGGUCUCCCGAGUGGUACAACAAGGCCUAUGGUCACAUCUGUGCCAGCUACAUCUCCAGAAUAAGAGACUCUUUCAAACAGAAUGUGUCGGAUGGACCAGAAACCAAGUUAUAGUACACAACAUUUACAGUGUAACGGACAGGAGAAAAUUUGAUGACAUAUUUAAAGGAGAACAUAGAAAGUGGUGAUAUAAGCAGCAGUGAGAACAGAAAAUGGUGACAGGGAGAAUAGCACAAAAAAUGGUGGCACUUUACAGAAAGGAAAGACGAGGUAACAUUUUGCCAAAAGAAGGUAUCUUUGCAAUAUGGUGUUCUAAUUUAACUGGGUUGAAAGAAAAUCCGAGCCUGUGAACAGAAAGAAGCAAUUCCUUUCAAGAUGAUCACAUCAUUACAUCAACAUGUAAGGAAACAAAUGUAAGUGAAGAGCAAAACAUAACUGGAGUAAGCCUCAUGUACAUGGUCAUGGAUGGCAAAGAAUUUAUAACAUUCUUUGAGACACUGAGAGAUAGUAAGGCACAAACUCUACACUGGACAUGCCUAUUGUGAACCUGCUAACUAGAAUUUGACAGUACCCAAACAGAAUGUAUAAUUUAAGCCACAUUUUCAGGUCUAUGUGAGAUUAGACUAAACUCUUUUAAUGUCAUUUUACUGAGCACCACCGAGGGAAUAAAAAUACCUAAUGGCUGUGCAAUAACAUAGAAUAGCAUGGGUUAGUAUAGCAUGAAUGGUCCAUCUGUUAGAAUAGAUGACCAAAUGACCCCAGCUUUUUUUGCUGAGUCUAUCUAUGUAGUUAAAAGGUAUUGACCAGUCUCGAUAAGACCAAUGAACUUGACUUCUGUCCAAGCCAUUGGUCAUCCGCGGACUGAUAAAUGUAGCUGUUCGGCAGUUAGGUUCACUUUGAGAGUGCUGCAGUUAAGGCAAGGGCUGAAUGAAUAGACAUGGCAACCAGUUUCUCCUCUGAGAAGAAAAAGACUUGCUAUUUUACACUUUUGAGGACAGCAUUAGAGAUAGAAAAUAGCUAUCCAUAUUCUAUACAAUAUCCUUGUUAUAACCCUGUAUUAUUACAGUGCAGGGGAUAAUGGAUACAACAUUAUGAUUUCUCAUCAUUGAUAUUUUACCCAGUAUACCAUGUCAUUUAAGCAUGUAGUGUAAGUUGGUGUAUUCAAUCAACCUGUUAAACAAAAAGCAAAAAUGCUUUAUUUAAUCACACAUACAUAUAUAAUAUAUCAGAAGAACUUAUUUUUGUAAACUGUUUUGUAUAAUGCCACAGGAUGUUAUGUUGCAGUGGCGAGAGGUGUACUUUUGUUGUUGUCACUAUUCUUGUUUGAAGUAAUAUGUAGUUUCUACCUGAUUGUGAGGGUGUUUUAUCACCAUGGUUCUAUUACAUUAGUUCUGGUUGAGGACUAGUACGUGAUAAGUUGUCAGCUAUUAUCACUGUGCUGAGGAACUGAAGAUGAUUCAAUAAGUGUUUCUGGUAGCAAAUUUUCAUAAAUUUCACCCCCACCCCCCACUGUCCAAUGGAAGAACCAAAGGUUUUUGUGAGGCCUCUGUUGUUCCAUAUAAUGAAUAUCACUCGUUGCCAAAACUGCUGAAGUUACAACCUCAAAAGAUGCAUUUGGACUCAGUCCACUGUAUGACUUCAAUAUUACAGUGUAGAAAGAGCCAAGGAUUAUUAUAUUUAUUGAUAAAAGAUACAGUUCAUGUGAGCAAUCUCAUAAAAAAACUUGCAAUGAGAACAAUCCCUGUCAGAAAGGAUUGCCAAUAAAAUUUGGAUGGAAUUCGGGACUAAUGCAUGCUUACAUGGAGCAGCAACUAAGUAGCAAUGACUUCAUGUAAGCUGUCUUCUUUGGUGCAACAGGGUGUAUUAGUACUUCAACAAAUUACUUUAAAAUAGGGCAGCUAGCCAAUCAUGUUUUUUGUCGUAUUUACCUCCUCUUCUCAACCAAGCAUCUUGAUAUUAUGUUGCAUUGUAUUAACAUAUGAUACCUCAUUUAAGUUUUGAUGAAGGUCACUGUGACCUUUUAAUUUAUGUAUCUAACUAUUAAUGUUAUUUAACCUUUAACUACAAGGUGCUAAGUUCUUUUUAUGCUUGUUUUCACAGUCACAUGUGAUAUUAAGCAUUUUAUUUUUUAUUUCAACUAACAAGAGUAAAGUUAACUGACUGUGCUCAUAAAUAAGUGAGCACAAUUUUUUCGAUAGAUUUAACCAUGUACUCACAGGUAAAAAAAGUAUUUAAAUGUUUAACUUCUUUUAAUACAGGUCAGACUCAUUAAAAUGUGGGAAGACUAUUUAAUGGGUAAUUUUAUGUGUAGCAUAUUAUCCUUAUGUUCUUGUCAUCAUCAUUUUGUGAAAACUAGAAGUGGAAUCUUUCUGUGGAGUUAUUUUAAUGGCAGAUUUUUUUUUUUACAAAUUUUUUGUGUCCUUACAGGUGAAAAAAUUGCAGUAACUUUACUAGUCUUAACACACAGACAAACACUUUGUCACUGCCGUCUGUCCCACAGAAUAGUUUGACCUACAAACUGAGAUGGAUAUGAAAUUUACACGGUGCUGUGCACGUGUUAUGAAAUGUACAAUUUCAAAUCAUGCCAAAGCUAGCAGACCAUUCUACAAAUGGUCAUUUAUAGGUAAAAACAACAACUGUUUGUUGUCUUUCAUUUGUUUGUAAAUAACUUUUUGUAUCAUAGUUCUUAAAUGAAAAUGGUUAACUCCCAUGAGAUAUAUGAAUUGUAUGUCUGAUGUACAUGUAUCAGUUAAAGAAAAUAUUAAAAUAAAUUCUUCAUGAAGUGACAAAUUUGACUUGCAUGUUCUUAGCAUGUGUAGCCGA